CGUGAAGCGAACGACCAAUCGUCGUGCACGUUUCCUCGGCCGACCACCACCGAGUUCCCACGACUUUUCCCGAACAGUUGAGUGCGCGCGCAUAUCGGUGUAAGAGAAAUGCUUUCGCUCGUUUUCGCUCCAUCAGUGUUGGGUAGUUAGCGAAGGAGUCGACUUAACCUCUAAACAGUAUGACGAAAGAACUGCAUAAAAGUCUUAUAAAUUACUUUGUGCAUCUAAAGAUAUUGGACGAAAAAUGGUUGGAAUUAUUCACAAGUGCGGAACGACCAUUGCAAGCUUUAAGAAAUCAAUGCGAACAAUUACGUUUUGUUUCGAGUAAAGAUGUCGAUAGCGAAGAAAUCUGUAUGAUCGAUUACGCGCGAGAAAAACUUAUUUUUAAAAUUUUCAUGGGGAUAGAAAAUGAAAUUUCGCUUUUAUCAGAUAUGUUACAGCGUUUAAAUGACGCCAUUCAGGAUUUAAAAAAUCGAUUAACAAAUUUGAAUAAAUCUAGGAAUAAUGUUUUGCUACGUGACGAAGAUAUGAAAGAUAUUAUAAAUGGAACACCUUAUAGGCCAAAAUUAAAUUUACUUUUAGAAUGGGCUAUCGAAAGCUUUCAAUAUUAUCACGAGUUAUAUCUUUUUAUUAAUGAAAGCAUGAAAGCAAUGGAUUAUAAAAAUGAAGAAUCAAUUGAUAAUUUUGCAGACUCUUUUAUAGAAGACCGUUAUAAAAGAACAAAAUUAAAUAGAAUAUUAGCUUUUACUCAAUUUUUAAUAAUGGAAAAAGUUCAAUAAAAACUUUUGAACAAUUUGUACUACAUCUUUGUCUCAUA